AUGCAUUUCCUCGCGACAUCACGUAUUUCCCUAUGCCUGCUAUCAUGCACAGUCCAAGCCCAAAGCAUUGCUCGUGUCUGGACACACUUCUAUCCAAGCUGCCCUGGCGAGCCAUUUAGCAACCUCGACACAUACGAAAAUCAUCAAGAAUCUGCUCCAUCCCAGGAUAUCACCGUGGACAGCUGCACAAGCUUCGCGGUUCCCUCCUACGGGCGCAACCUUGUCAGCGCCAUUUCCGUCGAUGCAGAGCUCCUCUCCAAUGGUCACGAUGUCCCCUACCUAGAAGGCGGCAGCGGCUGCAACAUCACCGUACAUGAGGUCCCAGGGUGUAUCGACCCGCCCCUUAUCACCAAAGAGAUUCGAAAUGGCGUCGAAGUCAGCCAGUGCGAGCCGCGCCAACUUGCCUACACCCAGGUCUGGGUGAAACUUGUUUGCGAUAGCGAUAGUCCUCUCUACGGCGGGAACGCAUCUACUCAGGGAACAAAACAGAGCGAGCAAACAGAUACUAAGCAGCCCAUGUCUACUGCCCAGCCUGAUGCGCCUGUGCGUGCUGAGAAGCAUACUACCAGUGAGGAUAUCAAUGAUACCCAGAUGCCUGGGUCAAAUCUGGAGUCGUGGCGUGGUUCUGAGGCUACACAUAGCCAGCGUGAGCCGGUGCAGGAAAGCCGCGUGAAUGAUGCCGGUCAUGUGGGAAGCGAUCGGAUCGUUCAUCAGGUUAUGGCGUUGUUGAAGAAUCAGACUUCACACAUUGUCACUGGCAAGCAUCAUCCUAUCCACUCGAAUGUCACGCUGCAUCAAAAUGGCACUGCCCUCGGCAAUCACACUGUGAUGUCACGUCGGCGUUUGUCUGUUCUGCGAAACCGAGCUGCUCGGUUUGUUUAG